AUGGACUCUUCCGACGAGGGAGUUCAGAGGCGUUCUAGCUCUUUUCAACCGAGUGAAGAAAUGCUCAAUCUUGCCAGAAAAACUCUUGGGCGAGAAAAACUCAGUUUCGAUGAGAACGAAAAAUACAAUCAAGUCAUGAGCAGCAGCAAAUCGAGAAACGAGCUUCGAAUGACAAUCAAGUUCAUUGAAGAUGAGCGACGAAACUCUAUGUUUGAGAGAAAGGCGUCAAGCAAUAUCGACCCACUGAAGAAAGAAUUGAUGGAGCAACUACCGACUGUGUUUGUCACUGGAGCAAAAAAGUGCGGCACAAAGGCGUUGAUCAGAUUCUUCGGUCACCAUCCACAGGUGAUACACGGCUUCAUGGAGUCGCCUUAUCACGACACUGGGAACCCUACUUUCGACGUCAAAAGUUAUUUAAAUCACGUUUGGCUGAUGUGGAAGCAGAAAAAUGACAUUGUCGACAAUAUUGCCAAGAUCCAUCGAUUACAGGAGCAGCAGAAGAAGAUCCAUUUCUUUGGCAAAACAGCCAACUCGGGAAUAAAAAAGAUAAUCAACUUUAUACAGAGCGAGGAGAAUUUCAUCCAUCAAAGCUACAUCGACUCGUGGCUUGAGAACUUGAAAGUGAUCUUCAUCGUCUGCGAUCCUGUGAAAAGGCUACUCUCGGACUUUAAGCACGUGAUGGCUUCGUGGGCCGAGAAGAGUCACGCCGUGAACCGGAUGUUUCUGGGCAGCGAGUCUAGCGCCUAUCCUUUCCAAAACAUGACGUUCAACUCGAUGGUCGAAAAGUACUUGCCGAUGGUGCGCGAUCGCCAAGAAGAGUACAAAAAGCACAAGGAUGUUUUCGAAAUGUUCGGAAUCGGCCGAUUCUCGGCAGUGAACACUUCCUUCACCAAUGGUCCAAACGAGUUCGGCAUCUACAAACAAGCUCCUUUCAUUUUCGACGGGCAAGAGUUGAAAACUCAACCCUGGAAGUUGUUCCAGCGACUGGAGAAGUACCUCGGAGUCGAGAGCUUUUUCGAAGAAGCGAAUUUUGCCAGACGUGAGGACGGAUUUUAUUGCGUCAAAAUGGAAAACGAAGAGCUGGACUGUCUCCCUCCGAGCAAGGGCCGAUCUUCCAACGACACGGAGUUGUACUCAAUCUCAAAAAGCACGCAAAGCAUGCUCGAGGACUUUUACUUCAGCACAAAUCAAAAAGUCGCAGAGAAAUUUAAUGUGUCAAUGAAUUGGCUCAACACUAGCUAA